CGCACCACGAGUGAGCGCAUUGUUGUUUUGCUUUGAAAUUUGGUUGGCCGCGGGAAAAACGUGUUUCCAGAUCUUUGGCGGUGAUUCGGUUACAUUUUGGACAAAUUAUUCGUGGUAAAGUGUUGCAACGUGUGCCAUCAUGAGCCAGGAAGAGGAAUCAUCCGGCCGAGUGACUCGUGGUGCCCUGCGACGUAGAUCGAUUGACCAGGACACAUCAAUCGGGCCGGGGACGCCGAAGAAGUCGACUGCAGCGUCCGCCAAGAAGGGUCCCGCGCUGGACGCGAUUCUCGAGACAAAUGGCACAGAACCGACCCCGCGGGGUGUCAACAAAGCGGUCCAGAAGCUGAAGGAACUCGAGCCGGAAAAGGCGAUCCGUCGGUCGCGCGCAGCUUCGUUGACCGAGGAGAAUGUGGAGGCUGCCCAGCUGGGUGGUUCCGGCGAGGUUCGCCGAACGCCGCGGCGUCGUGCCUCGCAGGAUCAUUCUGUUGCAGAGCCGCAGACGGCACCGGCUGCCACCCGGCGCAUGACCCGCCGUAACAGUGUGACUUCCGAUGACGGUUCGGUGACGGCGGUCAGUACGCCAAAGGCGUCGGCUAAGUCUCGGCUAAAUGUUAGUGUGGCACCGCCCACGAUCGUCGAGGACGACGAAAAGGACACGAGCAAUGCGGAAGCCAAUCUGUCGGACCUGGACAUUCGCAAGCUGCGCAAUCGUUCCAUUUCGAACUCGCCCGUUCCGAGAGGUUCCCCGACGGGGAAAAAUGGCUCGAUGAGGGAGGAGGAGCCCAACACUUCCACCAAGGGAGUUUCGAUUCUGCUGCAGGACAUUGUUAAAUCGCCGAAGCCAGCGACUCCGGUGGCAAGCCCCACAAAGGCAGCAACGGAACUGGCGGCGGAAACGAGCGUGGUCGAAAUGGAACCGCUGGUGGUGACGGGAAGCAACGCGAAGCUGAACGAAAUCGUUGAGAUGACGCCGAGCAAGACGGCCAACACGAGCCAGCAGCCCCGCAAGUCAGUGUCCGGAAGUGCGCAGAAGCUGCAGAAGAGCGUAACCUUUGACGAGUUGGGUACGCCCGAGCGCCAGAACAAUAGCGCGUACCCGCGGACGCCAGUUCCCGCGUCGGCCGAGAAGAGCUUCAAGUUUGGGGAGAAGGAGGAGGAGGAAAAGUUGGAAACGGAAGUGGCGAAGAGCCCGGAGAAAAAGUCACCGGAAGUGUUCGAUAUCGACGAGACCGUGCAGGAAUCGCCGAAGGAAGCCAUCGAAACUAAACCAACCAAGCCCGCUCCCGGAACGCCCCAGAAGACCGGCGAUCAGUCCUCCGUGGAGAUCGCCGAUAAGAGCUCGGCCGACCUGGACCGCUCGCUGGCCAACAUCGUUGAGGACGUGCGCGAGAACAUGGCCACGGUCGCUGACAUGAGCAUCCUGGGAACGCCCGCCAAACCGCCGAAAGGUGGCCUGCUGUCACGCCUUCGGGAGGGAUCCUGCAGCACUCCGAUAGCCGACGAGAAGAAGAAGCCGCUUGGUUCGCCCAAGUUUGUGUCCAACACGCCGGACGGAAGGGGCCAGAAGGAUGGUUCCGGCGAUGCCGGUGAGAAGCUGUCCAAGUCGUGGAGUCAGGCGGUGAAGGGAAGUGCCGGGAAGGGAAUUGACGUGUUUAGCGUGCGCAAGCAGGAAGAGCAGGAACGGAAGGACGAGGAGACGAAACGGUUGAACGAAUCGCUGAAGGAGUCGGCGAAGAAGCGCAAGUCGCCGAAGAAAGCGCCGUCGGAAGACGAGGACGACGAAGAGGUGGGCGUUUCGGACCUGCUCGGGGGUGAAUCUUCCCAGGACGGGAGCAACUUUAUCGACGACGAAGCGAUGGAGGUGGACGGGUACGAGUCGGGUGACUCGAUCAACAGCGAGGAUCGGCAAGAGAUGGAGGAUAACGAGGUUCCCGAGCACGGCGAGACCAUCGGAAGCGAAGACAGUGACAGCGACGAGGACGAGGAAGGUGACGAUGAUUCGUUUAUUGCGCCGGAAGAUGAAGAGGAGGAGCCGGAGCUGCUUGAGGGAACCGGAGAUGACCUGGACGGUUCGGACGUUGAGCAGGACAAAAGCAAAACGAAGAAGCGCAAGCGAAUCAUCCAGGUCGUGGACACCAGCGACGAUGAGAAGGAAGUCUCCAAGAAGGACCUGACGACGGUCAGUCUGGAUCGCACCGCAACGGCAUCGGAGAACUCGGCCGUCGAGGUCGUGAAAUCGCCGAAGAAGACGCCCGUCAAAGCGGUGGAACAAUCCCCGAAAAAAACCCCGGCCAAGGCUCCAGAACAGUCACCCAAGAAGACCGCGGCCAAGAGUCCCGCUCCCGCUGUCAAGCAAUCCCUCGCCAAGGAACUGGAAAAGGCCCCCACAGUAAACCCCACGGACGCGCCCAAAUCACGCAAGUCGAUGCCCCCGCCGCUUCUCAUUUCCGCCGAUUUCUACUCGCCAGCGGCCAAGAAGGCCAAACGCGCCACCAUCAACGUGCUGGCCAACGACGAACAGGAGGAGGGGCACGAACCUGUCGCCGCCCCCAAAAAGACCGAAAAGCCCGGCCUGCUCGCCAACCCGGCUGCGCUGGCACUAGCCAAGAAGAACAAGCGCCAAUCGCUGGACCAGACUCCGGCGUCAUCGGCGGACAAAAAGCCGGAGAACAAGCGAGCCUCCCUGCCGGGGAAACUGCCCGCCGACAAGCCGCUCGACAAGUCGCUGGUGCGUGGUGCCGCCAAGAAGGACAAAAAGCAGGAUAUUCCCGAGGAGGAGGAGGAGGAGGAGGACGGCGAACCGGAACCGAUGGACGUUGAUGAAGUUGAAGACGAGGGUGAAGAUAGUGAGGUGGAGCAGGUCGUGCCGCAGAAAAAGAAGCGCGUCAAGGAUCUGAGCGAGUUUGACGCGGAUGCGAUUUUGAACCGGUGUAACGAGAUUGUGCGCGCCGACAAGGAGCGAAAGAAGCAGAGUGCGACGCUGAGACAGAAGAAGAAGGACGAGAAGCGCCGCCAGCGGGAGCUCGACCAGGCCGAAGGUUCCGGCGAAGACAAGGAGGGCGACGAUUCCGGCUCACCGGACAAGAAGAAGAAAAAGAAGAAGAAGAAGCCCAUCAACUACAUGCUGGAGGAGCUGGGCGAAACGAAGGAAGAACAGGUCGCGCGUGCCCUCAAGCGCAAACUGGCCCUGCUGGAAGCGAAACGCGAACGCAAAAAGGCCAAGAAGGCGGCCAAGCUGCAGCGUCAGCUGAACAAGGAGAACCAGGACGGCGGAGAGAAUCAGGCCGCGGGCGGCGGUGGCAUCGGGGCCAAGUUCGAGAAGAAGGCCAAGAAAAAAGACAAGAAAAGCAGCGUGGUGGAGCAGUUGGUGACGGAACCGGCGGUUGAGGUGCCCAAGGUCAAGCUGGCCGUGUCGGCUUUCCAAGCGUACAAGGAACAGAUCGAAGAGCUGGGCAAGGAGCAGCAAAGUAAGGGCAAGAAGAAGACGAAACAAUUGAAGGAGAAGAACCAACAGCAGCAGCAAGCACCGACGGCCGUGGAGGAGGUCAAGGCAGCGCUGCAGGUUGAGUCCACCAAGCCCAAAAAGGAAAAGAAGAAGGUUUCGGAAGUUGUGGCUGAUGAGGUGCCCCCGCCAGAGAGUGACCAACCUAAAAAGAAGAAGAAGCUCGAGCAACCGGAAGCACCGCAGAAAGCGCCCAAAAAGUCCUCGGAAGUAAUGCAACAGGAAGCACUAGCCGAACAGAAGAAGCUCGACGAGGAACUAGCAAAGCUGAAAAAGGCCAUCUCGGAACCGAUCCCGAAGAUGACCAAAAAGCCCAAAUCCCAAGCCGAACAGCGCAAACUCGACGAAGACCUGGCCAAGCUGAAGCAAGCCCUCUCCGAUCCGGUCGCCAAGGUGGUCAAGAAGCAAAAGCUGCCCAACCAGGAAAAGCCCACGGUCACAUGCCCGGAGGUGGAAUCGACUCCGCCGCGCAAGCUGAAAGCCCUUGCACGCCUCGAGUCGGGCUUCACGGAGGAACCGGUCACGCCGGAACAGCAGAAGAUCCGGCGCAACCACGGCUUCCGGGAGGAACCGGUCACGCCCAAGCCGGUCGGCUUCAAGGUGUCCGCCGUGCUGCCCACCGGACAGCAGGAACUGGUCCAGCGAGCGGCCCUCACCAAGAAGCACAACAAAAAGGCCGCCAACGCGAAUCGCGUCCGCCCCGAAGACGUGCAGGAACCGGUGCGCAGUCUGCCCAUCCCGGUGUGGACGCGCUCGGGAAAGUUUGAGGUUGAGGAACUUACUGCCGCGGCCGGCAAGAAGAAGACCAAGCGGGCCAAAUCGCUCAACGACGACGAUGGCGGUUACAUUCCGGUCAACGGCGGUGGAAGCGCCAAGAGUUCGACCGAAUUUCUGGUGAAGCCGCUUAGCGCCAAGAAGGAGGCGUCGGCCAAGAAGGCGAACCGCAUCGAUCUGGCCACCGUGGAUGACGAGGUGAUCAACUUUAAGAAGCAGGCCAUCUUUGGCAAAACGGCGCACCUGCGGGAGAAAAAGUCGAAGCAUUAACUUUUUGGCGCGCGUUUUGCGAUCUUUACUUUUAAGCGAUGUAUCGUCUAAGAUUCGUUCUGUUCCAAUCAGUGUUACUGUAAACGUUUGAAGCGGA